AUGGUGGAAGCGCAUCACCAUCGAGCAACCCUUAAGCAGAAAAACAAGUCCUUCAAAUCAAAGCAUGCAACCAAGGGCUCGUUGAAGGAUGCUGCGAAAGGUCGAAUUGCUCGCCAAUCUCCGAAAGCGUUCCCAACCUCCAACGCUGUUGCACAGUCUCGCCUGAAUCGUCGUAAUAAUGCAAAACAAGCACAGCUUGUCAAGCGAAAUGCAUUGGUUUCUGCAACGCGUAUAUUCAGCGGAGUCGACGGAGCGCCAAGGAUCGUCACCGUUGUCCCACUCACGUCCGAUGUCAGCCCAAAAACGGUGGUCGCGUCUCUUACAGAGUCGCUGAAUAUUGACGCAGGCGAAUGUCCAGAAAAUGGGAUAUGGAAGAUCAGGGCCGAUCGAUUUAAAACAUCGAUUCAAUUUCGAACAGUACCCUACGGAAGCUUUUACACUGCCUUGGACGCAUGCAAGGUUGCAGAUUACGUUGUAUUCGGCCUCUCUGGCGCUAUCGAAGUAGACGCCUGGGGCGAUACUCUUCUCCGGACAUUGCAAGCUCAAGGCCUUCCCGAUGUCGUCAGCGUUGUGUCUAUAGACCCGUCCAUCGAUGCAAAAUCUCGUCCAGGAAUUCUCAAAUCGCUUCUAUCCUUUAUUCAAUACUUUGUUCCAACUCAGACGAGAGUUUUCGAUCUUCAAGCUAGUUCCGAACGUCUCAACGCGUUGAGGGCACUCUCGGAAGGGAAACCUGAGGAUGUGCGAUGGAAAGAAGGACGGUCGUGGCUUCUCGGUGAAUCUACAAAGUGGGAGGAUAGCAUCUUGAAGGUCACUGGCAUCAUUCGGGGAUCCCCUCUCUCGGCGAAUCGACUCAUACAUAUUCCUGACUUUGGUGACUAUCAGAUAUCCAAAAUCGUGUCUGCCGCGAUUCCACGACACAGGCACAAUGUAGCGGUCAUGGACGUGGAACCUGUUAUCCUGGCCGAGCCAGAUUCCUCGACGGCUGAUUCUCUGAUAUCAAGCAACGAUCCUGACGACCUGACCAACGAACAGACCUGGCCAACGGAAGAAGAGAUGGAUGGGGUCAGUGAUAACACGCAAGCGGACAUUCCCGAUGCUGUUGAAGGAACAACACCGAAGGCCGUUCGGCGUAUUCCCAGGGGCAUGAGUGAAUAUCAGGCCGCUUGGAUUCUAGACGAUGACGAAGAGGAUGAUGGAGAAGACAAGGAAGACAAAGAGGAUGAAGGAGUCCGAGUGAACGCAAUGGGAGAGGACGAAGACGAAGAGAUGCAGGAUCUUCCUAUGGAUGAUGUGCAAACGGAGUUAGAUCGACGAGAGGUGCACUUCCAGGAUCUGGACGUUGAGGAGGAGGAAGAACAACUUGACAAGUGGAGGAGACGCCGAAGAGAAGAUGAUGAUGACCUUUCAUUCCCAGAUGAAAUCGAUACUCCACAGGACACACCAGCUCGUACUCGAUUCCAGCGGUAUCGCGGAAUGCGUUCCUUCAGGACGAGCCCCUGGGAUCCGUUCGAAAAUCUUCCUCGAGAUUAUGCGCGGAUCUUCCAGUUCGAAGACUUUAGAAGGACUGAACGGGGAGUUCGUCGGAGAGCUGAACUAGAAUUGGGUGUUGUUGAGCCCGGAGUCAGAGUGACAAUACAUCUAAAGGAUGUGUCUCAGGAGGCCGCUGCUAUAAUCGCCCCGACUCUUUUCUCCCUCUUGCAACAUGAGCACAAAGUGACAACCCUUAACUUCACCGUCCAGCGCAAUACCGAGUACGACGGCUCAGUGAGAUCCAAAGACCGCCUCGUUCUGUGUUAUGGACCACGCCGGCUUGUGGUGAACCCUAUUUAUAGCCAGCACACACGAGGCGGUGGAAAAGGAACCAAUAACGUCCAUAAAUUUGAAAAAUAUCUUCGCCACACGUCCACUUACGUAGCGACAACAUAUGGACCGGUAAUCUAUGGGAGGCAACCUUGCGUUUUAUUGCGAGAAACACACAAGCAGCAAGCUCCUCAACUCGUAGCCAUGGGCACCUUCUUGAACCCUGACACGACUAGAAUAAUAGCCAAGCGCGUCAUACUCGCUGGACAUCCAUUCAAGGUGCAUAAGAAGACCGCGACAGUCCGCUACAUGUUUUUCAACCCCGAUGAUGUACAUUACUUCAAGCCCAUUCAACUUCACACGAAGCACGGUCGAAUAGGGCACAUCCAAGAGUCCCUGGGUACCCAUGGGUAUUUCAAGGCCCAUUUCGAUGGUCCCAUCAACCAAAUGGACACCGUCUGCAUGUCCUUGUACAAACGUGUUUUCCCGAAGUGGUCUCACCUUUGGACUAGGACUGUAGGCACCAGCUCCACCGCAGCUUCCAAUACACUUCCCUCGGACGCAAUGGAAGAGUAG